ACGUUUCCAUCCCCUUCGGAUCCAAUUCCGGAUCUCAACCAAGCUAUUUAAGCGCCGCGAGAGGGCUUUGCUUUCGGGUCCGCCUUCUCCUCCUCCGAUCUUUCCGCCCUUGCCUCCAGCCACCGCCGCUCUCGCUCCCGGCCUCUAUCGACUCUAGGAUCCUCCCGGCAUUCUCGCCUCUCUCUCCGAUCGCCGUUGGAGGUCGCUUCGAUCCCCUCUCGAGCUUGGAGUUGGCGGAUCGGGGUCUACCUCUCUGCUCUUCUAGGCAGCUGCUUCCGGGGUUUGGGAGGUCCGUCAAUUCGGAUCUACCUCGGUGUGCGAGUCUGGCGAUGGAUUACGGCCCGACGGAUAGCAGCGGAACUGAUGAUGACCUUCCACCAUAUUUUCAAAAUCGUGGUGCAGCUGCACGGCCUGUGGCUGCUGGUGGAAAAUCUAACGUUGGUGCCCUUCCCCCCUCUAGGGUACAGACUGAUAUGAAGAUCCUAAUACAUCAACUUGAGCAGGAAGCAUACUGUUCUGUUCUUCGGGCAUUUAAGGCCCAAUCAGAUGCUAUUACUUGGGAGAAGGAAGGUCUGAUUACUGAAUUGAGGAAAGAACUGAGAUUAACUAAUGAGGAACACAGAGAACUAUUACACAGAGUUAAUGUUGAUGAUAAUAUUAGGCGUAUAAGGGAGUGGAGACAAGCUGGUGGAGUGCAAACUAGUUUAGUGAACAAUGCUCAAACUGCGCUUGAUGUGAUUCCCAGUCCCACUGUUUCAGCUUCUCAGAAAAGGCGCAAGACAUCAAACCCAGCAGCUGCUUUAUCUAUGGGAGGAUCUCUCCCUGUGCCGCACUCACAACCAGGUGCUGUUUCACUACAUCCAUCAGCAUCAACUGCAAAACAAGGAAAUAUAGCAGGGGCCAGAGGCAAGAAGACUAAACCAAAUCCUCCUGGUUCAAUUGGAAGGGAUCAAGUUAAAAACAUAGCAGCAGAAUCUGCUGAUGUCCCAGCAAAUACUUCAUUGGUGGGACAGAAAGUAAUGACAAGAUGGCCUGAUGAUAAUAACUUCUAUGAAGCUGUUAUAACUGACUACAAACCUCAUGAGGGUUUACAUGCUCUUGUAUAUGAUAUGGACACAGAAAAUGAGACAUGGGAAUGGGUUAAUCUCAAUGAGAUUUCUCCUGAGGAUAUACGAUGGGCAGAUAACGAACCUGGUAAGUCAAAACCUGGUGAUCGCCAUCGACCUGGUCUAGGUAGCAAGAAGUCACGCCUCAAUGGCAUCAGUCCAGGUUUCGGCAGGGGAAGAGGUCCAAAGAAUCAAUUCAGCAAAAAUUACAUGUCAUCGCAAAAUUGGUCUGGGAAAAAGGGUUCUCAGAACAUUACAAUACUAGAUACCAAAGUUAUUGUUAGGGAUGUGGAGAGAAUUCUCGACAUUAGUCCUCCAGAUCAUCAAGAGAUUGAGAAGGCAAAGAAACUUCUCAAAAAACAAGAGCAGUCACUGGUGGAAGCCAUCGCAAAGCUUGAUGAUAACAUGUCGGAUAGCGAAAACGAGGAAGACGACCAGAUAUCACAUAGACAAACUAAGGAGAGAGGCAUGGCAUGGACUGACUGGCCACGCAGACAUAAAAAAGAAUUUCAUUUGCAAGGCGUGCUUGAAGGUGGAGGUCCUGAUGGCGAUCAUUUAGUCGGAGAUGGUACUGCAUCCAACUAUCACAGAGAUGACUACUAUGGGAUAUAAUGCUCUGAUUGGCAACCUAUUCUUCAACAAUGGUGCAAGGAUGCGAAGUGCAUGCAAUUUCAUGCAUUAUCGACGGCCUUCCAAUUAGGUGUGGGGCCUCAGAUGUAUCGACUCAUAAGGAUCUCCUUCAGAUUCAUUGGAGCACCCUAUUCCAUGAUGGAUACAAAUGUAACUUUAAGGGGCAUGAAAUGUCAGUACCAGCUUGUUCUUUCUGAGAUGAUCUUUCUUCAUUUUUGCACUUACUAUAUUUUUUGGAGUGUAUCAGUCAGUUCGGUGAAGCAAACUUGUGAUCUUUGCCAAGGAAGGUCAAGUGUAUUUACACUGAUUCAAUAUUUUUGAUCCAUAGCUUUUCUUUUGUCUGAA